AGAGCAAAAGCACUUACUGUCAACAAAGCUCCAAGUUAGAUGUUACAAUAUACCGUCUCGUGCAUGGCAAUGAAUCAGACCAACGCAACCUCUCAAAAUCCAGUGUGACCUGUCCGAGUGUCUCCGUGUUCAAUUGAUUGCACUUAAGACACGCAUGUGUUACUGCGCCCACCGACACUGACCGCGUUUCCUCAACGUUUACAUUCUCACGGCGGCCGUCGAGACUCUCUGGACGAACCCCGAUGUACCCAUCAGCCUCAAUACCCGGCAAGACAUGGCUCUGAACGAUCGAGAAACCUCCCAGCUCCGAAACGCUCUCCAAGAGGCGGUCAUCAAAUGCUCAGAAAGAUGUCUUUACCAGUCAUCCAAGUGGGCUGCCGAGCUCCUCAACGCGAUCCCGGAGCCAGAGAUAGACCUUGACAGUUCACAGCUUUCCGACACCGGUGCCUACGCGCCAGCUAUCUUGGCCCAGAAUGCAGACCCGGAGGAAGCACUGUUGGAGGCGAAAGAGAUCAACAAAUACCUGCUGGCAAAAUCCUAUUUCGAGUGUCGCGAGUUCGAUCGCUGCGCAGCCGUCUUUCUCCCAGAGUCCAUGCUUUCCGGCAUCGUUGCCUCAAAGGAGCCCAACGCGGCAUCCAAGGGCAAGGGCAAGGCAAAGGCAAAGGCGACAAAGGCAACGCCCACAAGUUCGAGAACCACAAGCACCCCAAGCCUACCUCAGAUCAGCCAGAGGAGCUUGUUCCUUGCCUUGUAUGCCAAAUACAUGUCGGGCGAGAAGCGAAAAGACGAGGAUUCCGAAAUUGUUAUGGGCCCGCAGGAUCUCGGCACUUCCGUCAACAAGCAGUUACUGACCAUUGGCCGCUAUCUGGAGGCUUGGUUCGAUCAACGGAAAGACGAGGACGGUGAGGAUGUCGAUAGCCAGGGAUGGCUGGAAUACCUCUAUGGUAUGGUCCUUGCAAAGCAAAAGAAUGACGACCUAGCCAUCUACUGGCUAGUGCGCAGUGUUCAUCUCUUUCCAAUGAACUGGGGAUGCUGGCUCGAGAUGACAUGUCUAAUAUCUCGAAUCGAGGAUUUGAAUCGCCUGAUGCAGCGAUUACCAGAAAACAUCGUCUCUUUCAUGUUCCACAUCCACGCGAGUCUGGAGCUAUAUCAGCAUGAUGGAAACCUUGCCAAUUCGCUGGACCAGCUUCUGACCAUCUUUCCUACGUCUUCGUUCCUACUAACAUGCGAUGCACUUCUUUCAUACCACGCCAAGGAUUUUGUAGCCGCCGAGCAAGCAUUUAGUCGGCUGCUGUCGCUCCAUCCGCAUCGCCUGGACUCCUUGGAUCACUAUUCCAACAUUCUUUACGUCAUGAACUCGCGCCCCAAGCUUGCAUUUCUUGCGCAUUUGUGUUCAAGCAUUGACAAAUUCAGACCCGAAUCAUGUGUGGUUGUCGGUAAUUAUUACUCGCUUCUAUCGUUGCAUGAGAAAGCAGUACAGUACUUUCGCCGUGCUCUAACCUUGGAUCGUUCUUGCUUGUCCGCUUGGACUUUGAUGGGUCAUGAAUACGUUGAGCUCAAGAAUACUCAUGCUGCCAUCGAAUCGUACCGACGUGCGGUUGAUGUCAACAGGCGUGACUACCGAGCAUGGUAUGGUCUCGGGCAGACAUACGAAGUGCUGGAAAUGCAUGCGUAUGCGCUUUGGUACUACAAGAAGGCUGCGGGCUUACGACCUUGGGAUGGCAAGAUGUGGAUGGCCGUCGGCUCGUGCCUACAACGAAUGAACCGGAAUCUCGACGGCAUCAAAGCUCUGAAACGAGCUUUGCUAGCUGAGAGUUACUACGAUACAGGGAGCAGUUUCGGAAGCGCCGGCAGUGCAGCUGGCGGCCUGCGAGGCGCACACAUGGAUCCAGAUAUCCUGCUACAGAUCGCUACCAUGUACGAGGCCCUGGACGAGGAAGAAGAUGCAAAGGCCUAUAUGGAACUGUGCGUAGCACAAGAGGAUGGAUCAGCGGAAGGAAAUGUUGGUGAAAGCAUCACUAUACAUAACGACGAUGGCUCAGACGAGGAGGGCGAGCGUCCAAAACCACUCGGGGACGGUAGCGGAAGGGAGGGGACCGGUGUCACACAGGCGACCAGCAAGGCCAGAAUGUGGCUUGCCCGAUUCGCAAUGCGCAAUGAAGAUUACGAUUCCGCGAGUAGAUUGGCAAACGAGCUUUGUCAAGAUGGCGUCGAAGUCGAAGAGGCCAAAGCACUGAUACGGGAGGUGCGGUCGAGGACGGACGCUGGGAGGAAUUCUCGGCCUGCUCUUGCUAGCGAGUUUAGUGACGACCCUUGACGAGUUCAUGAUAUUCAUACAUUCACAUGCAGGCAUGGCAUAGGCUGCGCGCAACAGCCCCAGACGGAGAAAAUGGCAUUUACAGUAUGGCGUUCGCAUAGAACAGCAUCGGCUGGCUGGGUUAUGAGCGGGGGCAUCCCUGGUGUCGACUAGGCCAGUCAAGAAUUGACUA